CGGAACACAGCAAGUCUCAGCCGACAGAGACGGGCGCAUCAGCCUCAGGCGUGGAGAACAGAGCUGCUCAGCUUUCCUGCCCCAGGACGGAAAUGUUGUGCCGACUGCAUCUCGCAGCACCCCGGACGCGGACUCCCCUGCGAGGCACCCGAGCUUUGUGGCCCAGGAGCAGCUCGCUCUUCAGCGAGCUAGAACGGGAGAUGGACUCUCUGUGGGAGCUACUGAGAGGCAACUGGAGGCCCGUGGCUAGCGGCAGCAGCAGCACCAGCACGACCAGCAGCCACGAGUCGGUCCGCCACGCCGAAGGGGCGAGGCCUGAGGGCGCCUUCGCGGUGACACAAGACAUGGCUGGGUUUGACCCCCAGGAGCUGGUGGUGAAGCUGAUCGGUGAGAAAGUAGUGCUGACAGGCAAGAAGGCCACGCAGACGCCCGACGGCCCCUUCCGCUACGAGCUCUUCCGGAGGGAGUGGGAUGUGCCGGAGACCGUGGAUCGCGAGCGCCUGACCUGCUCCAUCUCCAGCGAGGGACAGCUGCGCAUCGAAGCACCGGUGUCGGAACCCGCUGCACGGACGGUGCCCAUCGCGGUCAACAGGCCAGAAAACGGUGCCCAGGCAGAGCCGGAACUGCCAUCCACAGGAAGCAGCCGGGCACAGGGCUGAAUGUCAGCCUGCACUCAAAGGACUCUAAGAAGAAACAGGCAAAACCCAUCCUUGCUUGAACUAUCAAGAAAUGUGUUCUGAUAAUAAAAAUUUUCAAUACAAA